AUGGCGCAAGUAAUGAUGCCGAAAGUGAGAAUGGUACUCCUCCUCGUCCUCCGAGCAGAAAAAAGCAGCGUGAAGCAGCAGCUGCCGCCGCUGCCGUCUUGUCAGAAGACCGUAGACGUGCUCUCCAGGCUACCUAUAAUGGAGCCAGCGCUGGAUAAGGCAUAUAAUUUGCUUACCCAUUACCGUAUUCCUGGACCGGAACUUGUUAAUAAGAGCGUCCCGAGCUGUGGCCUUCCAUCUGGAUGGUCUGACAAACAUGAUCGUUGCAUCGCCUACCUGUCCACACAUGCUCCAUUAGUCCAGGGAAAGGUCCCUAAACAAGAGGCACUUCAACCAAGACAUAGCACUCGUGAGAUUACUACAUUCAUAUUAAAGCGGUUUCCAGAGCUCUGCCGUCAUCGUAUUAAGGAAACCACAAUUGAGUUACGUCUAGAAUUGCUUGAUCGUUCCGAAAACUCCUACUUCAGCGUUGCCUAUGGUGGUUAUAGUGACCAUGAGUGGGCUCGUGGUAUCUAG